GCAACAUGAGAUAGAAACUGUCAAACAGUUACAAGAAGAAACUGCUGGCCAGGCAGAAGCCCUUGGUUUAGAGCUGCAAAAAGCUACAAAGCAGCUUGAGGAUGCCAGCAAACAGGCGGAGGAUCAAGUUGAAGCCUUUCACUCUGCUUGUGAGGAAGCCGCAUCCUUGAAAUGCAAGUUAGAGGAAGCCAUUUCUGAGCAGCAAAAACUCAAGGAUGUGAAUGCAGCUUUAACAAGCGUUUGCCAGUCGCUUCAAGAAAAGGUGGAAGACCAGAAAAGCUGCCUUGUUAUGGAGGAAAAGUCACCCAAGUGCUCACAUGAAAAAGAGGAAGAUGUGCCAACUUCCGUGGCAAUGGAGAAAAACAUCGAUAAGGAUCUCGUUGUUCCUGUAUCAGGAGUGGAUCUGACCGAGAAGGAAUCCUGCACUGUGACGGAAGAACACAAAACCACAUUUCAAAAUGUUUUAAAGCAAGACCCGGAGGUGGACCAGGAAAAGAAAAAUAAUAAAGAGCAGAGUGAGGAAGCACCAGUUGUGGUUCCCAGUAGGAAAGGGAGUUCACCCACUGCAGGUGGCAUUAAAACAGAUAAAACAAAGCAAAAUGAGCCUGACUCUGCUAAUGAGAAAGAAGUGGAGGCUGAAUUUCUGAGGUUGUCUUUAGGUUUUAAAUGUGACUUGUUUACCUUGGACAAGAGAGUGAAGCUUGAAGAAAGGUCCCGAGACUUGGCUGAAGAAAAUUUGAAAAAGGAGAUCACAAAUGCUCUGAAGAUGUUAGAGGCUUUAGUUCCUUUGUGUGAAGAAGAUAACCAAGCGCAGGAGAUUAUUAAGAAGUUGCAGAAAAGCUUGCAGUUCCUCAGCCAGUAUGCAGCCCGAGUCGCCAGUAAAGCAGAGAUGUUGGGAGCUAUUAAUCAGGAGAGCCGUGUCAGCAAGGCUGUGGAAGUAAUGAUUCAACAUGUGGAAAACCUGAAGCGCAUGUACGCAAAAGAACAUGCGGAACUUGAGGAGCUGAAACAGGUCCUGCUCCAGAAUGAGAGAUCCUUUAGUUCUCUUGGAGAUCGAGAUGAACCUACGAAUAAAAAGCUACCACAUUCUUUUAACUUUAAGCCAUCAUCAUCCCUACGAAGAGUUAGCAUUGCAACAUUGCCUAGGAGUGCUGGAAAUGCAGGUAUUGGGUUGCCGCUGGCCCAGUUCCAUGAACCUGAUGGAGAGGAACGGAGUGACAAGCUCAACAGGAGAUCAAGCAGUUGGGGACGACUGGGAGCAAAGCAAAAUGAGAAGCGUCCUUCACUACAGCGGUUCAUUAGCACGUAUUCCUGGGCAGAGUAUGAAGACGAACAUGCUGAAACAAAGAACGAGCAGUCAGAAUCGCCUGCUGAAGUACAAGAAGAACCAUCAAGGAAGGAAAGCGUAUCUGAAAAAGGAAAAUAUUCAUCAAAAUGGAACCUAGAGUCAGCGUGCAAAUUACUGUCAUCGUGGGCAUCCCAUUUCAAGACUUCCUUUUCCAAUGCUAACAAAACUCUCUGGGUUUCUGUUUCCAUCCUGGUACUGCUUGCUGCUCUUACAAGCUUCCUCACUGGGCUGUCUCUUCAAAGACCAGCAGACGCAGCACCUGUAGGAACCGGGGACUCCUGGACUUCACUACAGCAACUGUUGUGGCCAUAUACAGGACUUCAACACAAUGGACCGCCCCCAGUAUAA